CCGUGUGACGUGUGACGUUGGCGGCUGCGCGGUCCGGUCCGGGCCAGGCGGGCGGGCGGGGGAAGGAUGGAAGGAAGGAUGAGCGGCCGCGGGCCCAAGUUGGAUCUUGUUCAGGAGCGUGGUUAUGAUUCAGAAUUCAGUGAGGAUGAACAUGAAGCAGAGACAUCUAACAGUAAAAGUCAAAGGACAAGAAAUGAUGCUGCGGCAUUUAAAAAGCCGUUCCAAAAGGAGAAAUACACCCAAUUACCCCACAAGCAACUUGCAGCUAAUGAAUGCGACAGGGAAGAAGCAAGAAAUCGGCGUUUCCAUCUUAUUGCUAUGGAUGCUUAUGAACGGCACAAGAAGUACAUCAAUGAUUAUUUGCUUUAUUACGGUGGAUCCAAAGAAGAUUUAAAGAGAUCAACAGUGAAUGAUAAAACGGAUCUGGAUGUUAUAAAAGAAAACCAUAGAUUCCUAUGGACAAACGACGAUGAAGCUGAUAUGAACUGGGAGAAAACAUUGGCAAAGAAAUACUAUGAUAAAUUAUUCAGAGAAUAUUGUAUUGCUGAUUUGAGCCAAUAUAAACACAAUAAGAUUGGAUUUCGGUGGCGAAUUGAUAAAGAAGUAAUUUCAGGAAAAGGGCAAUUUGGCUGUGGAAACAAAUAUUGCGAUGUGAAAGAAGGUCUGAAAAGUUGGGAGGUUAAUUUUGGAUACAUGGAACAUGGGGAAAAACGAAACGCACUUGUGAAAUUGAGAGUGUGCAAUGUGUGCUCCCGUAAGUUAAACUAUCAUCACAGGAGGAAAGAAGUAAAAGCUGCAAAGAGGAAAUCUAAAGAGGAACAUCAUGAUGCUCCAGCAGAAAAAAUAACCAAGACCAGAGAGAAGCAAAGUUCUAAAAGCCAGGGUAAAUCUUCCACCAGCAGAACAGAACAAGAUGACGAUGAUUCUAAUAAAGAAUCAGAAGAUGCUCCAAAAGCAGAAGAUCCCUCUGAAUAUUGGAAAGGACCAAGUCAGGAUACUGAAGAUAAGACUAAGGAGGAGGAAUUUGAUGAAUAUUUUGAAGACAUGUUUCUGUGACCUGUGCAUUGAAGAGGAUACCGAAGGUUAAUCACUUCAUUCAGUUAAUUCCAAAGGAAGAUCUCUUAAUCAUUACUCAAAUUCUUUAUCUGUCCUCCAAAGGGCCUGUCCCACUUAGGUGAUUUUUUUGGGCGACUACAGGCGACUAGGCUGUCGCCACAUGGUCGCCGGGGUGUCGCCUGUAUGGUCGUGAGUAGUCUCCUCAGUCGCCCAAAGAGUCGUAGCGUCUUUCUGGUCGCCGCUGGAUUUUCAAUAUGUUGAAAAAUGUUCGGAGACAGUCGACGACUGUGGGUUUGACGCCAAUGAGCGUAGCUUGACUUCUCCUGAUGUAGGUGCUGUCGUAGUUGUCGCCAGGUCAAGAUUGUCACCAAUAGUUGUCACCAAUCUGGAAAAGAAUGAAUUGUGAUGGUAAAUAGAAAUAUCUUGCAGGAGUUAAUUAUAUUGUAAUAUACUCUGCAGAACUGCUACCUGUUAGAUUCAGUAAUAUGUUGCGAUUAUUUUAAGGAAAUUACAGAUUCUAACGCAGGUUCAAAGAUAAUGAUACAUCAGAUCAAGCAAAAAAAACUGUUUCAUAACUCAAUAGAUUUGCUUAAUGCCUUGGUUAUUAAUUUAACUUGUUCAUUGAUUGAAAAUAUUGUGAUAUGUUUCAGUUGAAGCUUAUUUAUCAAUGGAAUCCUAAAGUAUAAACAGUCAAGUCUCUACUUUUUAUAUGAAGAUAGUACAAAUCAAGGUUUAUGUUUCGUUUUGAAAGGGCAACAAAUUUGUACAGGUUUAAUAAAUAUGUACUGCAACUUUUUAUUAAAUAUUUUGCAUUAUUAUAUAUUAAAUAUUUUGCAAGCUUCCUCAUAAAUAAACCACUUUGAACAUUCAAACCUUUUCA